AUGCUUGAAGAACAAGAAGUAGUUCGUGGUCGCAUUUUUACAGUUCAAGAUGUCAUGCAGAGCACCAAACGAGCCUGGUUGCAUGAUAGACACACGAGCCUGACACAUAAUUUAGUGGUGUUUGGUGGUUGUGGGCUUGUUUUGUCAAUCAUCACGGGAUUAUUUGAGAUCAAUUUUUAUGGAAUCCCUGAAAAUAAAAAUACACCAUUUGCACUAGAUAGUGUUUUCUCAAUCAAAUUGGAUGUAUUUAGCUUUGGUGUUUUAGUGUUGGAGAGUGUGAGUGGGAAGAAAAAUAAGGGAUUCAUUCAUUCUGAACAUGACAAUAACCUCCUUGGACAUGCAUGGAGAAUGCAUAAUGAAGGCAAGUCAAUGGAACUCAUUGAUACAAAUUUAAGCCAAUCAUGCAAUUCAUAA